AUGGCAAAGCGCAGAAGUAGCACAACCCCAAAAAUCCCGAAAAAGAAACCAAAAGUCUCUGUGUCUGCGUCUUAUGAUCUUAGAUCAAAACGCAGUAGCAGCACCAGAACACCACAAAAAAAACAAGUCCAAGUUGAAGAAGCAAUAAGCAUCAAGAUCAAGACACCAACUUUAAAGCACUACAACAAGACCCCGAACUCAAUCUUCUCAACCAACUCACCCCGCGAGACGACACGAUUCUUCAUAUCAGUGAAACCAAUCCAAAGUCGCUGCCCAGACCUUUUCAAGAGCAAAAACUGCAACGAUGAUCAUCCUCUACAUCUUGCUGCAGCUGGUGGUCAUCUGUCUAUAGUCGAGUCUUUGAUCACUAAUGCUUUCCAGUUUGCGAUUUCUUCGGGCCGAGCAAGUGAAGCAGGGCUGCAGGAGGUUUUAAAUGUCAUAAAAGGGCAAAAUAAACAAGGGAAUACUCCAUUGCAUCUUGCUGUAGCUGCUGGUCAUCUACCUAUAGCCAAGUCUUUGUUUAUGCGGGCUGCAUCACCUUCAUGUUUUCCGAAUCUGGAAAAAAAGUCACCCUUGUAUAUGGCCGCUGAAGCAGGGUAUCUGGAGCUCUUUGAGCUUAUGAUGCAAUACGUUGCUUCGAAUGUUGACGCUCAAAAUAUGCUCAAGGAUAGCGAACCACUCCUGCACGUUGCUAUUACAACAAGGAACAAGGUUGUUCUUGAGACAGCAUUGAAGUAUGUUUCAUCUCUUCUGGAUGCACCUGACACAAAAGGGAAGAAACCUCUCUCAUAUGCAGCAUCCAUAGGUUAUGUUGAUGGGGUUUGCUACAUCCUGGACACAUUUGUUGAUUGCACAUACCAAAGAGACGAUGAUGGGUCUUAUCCCAUUCAUGAGGCAUCGAGCCAAGGCCAUAUUGACGUUGUUAAGGAGUUUCUACGAUGUUUUCCAGAUUCAAGAGAGUUGCUAAAUGAACGAGGACAAAAUAUUCUUCACGUUGCUGCUGAGAGUGGGAAAGCCAACAUUGUUAGUUAUAUGCUUAAAGACCCUGAGCUUGAGAUGCUUAUCAAUGACACAGACGAAGAUGGAAACACCCCAUUGCUUUUGGCCACAAAGAAUGCUCAUGCUGAGAUAGUGAGCAUUUUGACAUGGGACAAGAGAGUUAGGUCAGAGAUAGUGAAUUGCGAUGGCUUUACCGCUUUAGAAGUUGCUCUCGAUUACGUGGGGUACCAUCCUUCAAUUCACCAGGUAUUAUUAUUAUUAUAAUUAAUGAUUCCUCUAUACAAUUUUUUUCAUCUCAAUUAUAUAGAUUUGAACUGUAAAAAUUGUGUAGAUGUAGUGGUGCUAUAUUAUUAUUAUUAUCAAAAAAUAAAAGUAGGGAAAAAUUAAAUAUGGAACCAAAAAAAAUAUCAUCAUGAGAAAUUGGCUCAUUUAACUUGGUUCGGCCAAUAUAGCCUAUGUCCACCGAUCUUUCCUGUUUGUUUAUUAUAUUAUUACGUGAUGAAGGGUUAUUUUGGGCAUGACUUAAAGCAACUCC